GGUGACAUUCUGUCGAAUAGAUAUAUUUCUCCUAAAGAUAUGUCCGAUGCUUUUGCUCUCCAUGACUGUUCAAAUAACAUGGCUAUCACAGGCCGCCGAUCACAGGCCGUUGAUCUGAUGGAGGGAAUUGCCUCUAUAUGUGAGCUCUUGAGAAAAGUCUGGCAGAUGUUCGUCACUUUUUCUGAGCUUUUACAGAGUGUGUAUGGCAUCAUUGGCAUGUAUCAAGGGUCCAGUCUGCGUCAAGCCACCGCAGUACAACGACCGUAUGUACAGCCAACAGUCUACACGUAUAACAUUUACAGAUUACAGAUAUGGUCCAUCGGUCCUAAACGGAGCUUCUCCAGAUCAAGUAUGGGGAUAGAUGGACACAUUCCCUGCGUCGCAAGAACCAUGAGAAAGAUGUUAUUAGUUAAUAUUCAGGCUUAACUACUAACUUUAGUGCUGACAACCUGCAGGUCAACAGAUAACUACAUGUACAGUACCUACCAUCAUGACCUCUGAGUUUAGUAAGCCUUUGAUCCAGAAGAAAGAAACGGAGCCGGGAUUAUUAUAUCAGUUCAUCUCAGGGCGCAUACUCACUCAGUAAGCUGUUGCUACCCCGGCCCGGUUUCUUGAGAAGUGGAAAAUCCCCAACCGGCGUUUUACAUUCGUGGUUGACUGUCCUGGCACGAUCAUCAUCAUCAUCAUCAUCAUCAUAGACCACUAACAAUUGUGGUCACUUUGCAUCACCUGCCAGGAGCACGCGGGCAGGACUCUAUGCUGAGUUGACCAAGAGGAGUGCAAAAUAACAACCCUCAUGAUAGACAUCAACUGCGAUUUCUGGAACUCAUCAAUUACCAACACACAGGAGUUCCCAAUAUUUCUACCCUUGUGUGCUGUCUUGUCCCGAGCUACCCUGAAGACUGAAUGAAGGCUGAGGGAGGGCGGAGAUUUGGCUGGACCCUAACCCUUAGCUCCCUUGCUGCUGGCUCUAACAAAAAGUGAAAUGGCCGGAGAUUCGAUGUUGAAUCUUCCCCGUCUGUCUCUCCGCCGCUACCACUCUACUUCAAGUUGUACGUCUAUCGGCUCCGGAAGAAUGUCGUGUGCACAGAGGAUUGGUUCGGGCAUACUAUACUGGCUUUUGACCGUCUUGGCCCAGUUGCGUAAUAACAAGCAUCAGUCUUGCUCACUUUCGUUUUCAUGGUAUUCGCUCUGACGCUGCAUGAAAUACGUCUUGAAUUGAAUCAUCAUGCUCAAGUCACUCUAAUAGUUCACUUUUAUGACCAGGGUGUAAACUUGAGGUGGGUCAUUCUGGAAAGGCACAUGAAUCUCAGGCUCGAUUGUACGACAGCUAAUUAAUUACAGGAAGUCAAAAACAUAUUUUACCAAAUU